CCCACAGGAAAACAUUUUAGGAUCGAACAGAGCUUGGCACUUGAUUCCACUCAGAGACUGCAGCGAGAGUGGAGACAUUGCACGAGUCACCGACCUUACGAGACCUACACAGAUGGGCAUCAUCGGCAUCCGCACGGCCACCCUGCUCCUCGCUGCCCUCGCGUGGCGUAGUGUGCUCGUUGCCGCCGCCGGCGAGGCGGACGGCGUGUUCAACGUCAAGGACUACGGUGCUCGAGGCGACGGCACCACGGACGACACCAAGGCGUUCAUAGACGCAUGGAGCGCGGCGUGCGGCGCCAGAGGCUCGUCGGCGUCGCUGCUCUUACCGGCGGGCAAGUCCUUCCUCGUCGGCCCCGCCAGAUUCAGCGGGCCCUGCGCCUCCACCAGAAUUACCGUCCAGGUCAUGGGCACGAUUACGGCGCCACCGCCGGGCGCAUGGAGCGGGCAGAAAUAUUGGAUGAUGUUCUACCAGGUCCAGGGGCUCACGGUUACCGGCGGCAGCACCGGCUUGCUCGACGGCAGAGGCCGGUCGUGGUGGUGGAGCGAUCAAUGCAACCGCUACGGUGACAUAUAUAAGGCGCCGACGGCCUUGGUGGUCAUGAACUGCACCGACGUGGAGCUGAGCAAAUUCAGCAGCAAGAACAGCCCGCAGAUGCAUAUUGCCGUCAGCCAGAGCAGCAAGGUCCACCUGACGCAGCUGACCACCACCGCGCCCUGGGACAGCCCCAACACCGACGGCGUGCACAUCGACCAGAGCGAAGACGUCCGCGUCACCAGAUCGACCAUGGGCACCGGCGGCGAAUGCGUCUCCAUCGGCCCCGGGAGCCGAUUCGUCACCGUGGACGGAAUCGUCUGCGGCCCCGGCCGUGCUGUAAGUGUGGGGAGCCUUGGCAAGAAGGGAGCAACCGAAUCCGUGGAGUACAUCGACGUAAAAAACGUCCACUUCAUCAAUACCUUGAGUGGAGCAAGGAUCAAGACGUGGCAGGGUGGGAAAGGUUACGCGAGAUCCAUCUCCUUCACCAACAUAAACUUCACCAACGUGGACAAUCCUGUGGUCAUCAACCAGUUCUACGCAGACCCCUACCACGUCCCAAACAUGGGGGCGGUGGCGGUGAGCAACAUAACGUACACGAACCUCAAGGGGACUUCGAGGUACAGGACGGCCGUCGAGUUCGUCUGCAGCGAGAGCCGCAGCUGCACCAACAUCCACGUCAACUCCGUGGCGAUCACAUUUCCGUACGGAGAAGCCCUGGCCCUCUGCCAGAACGCGCAAGGGGACACCUCCGGAUAUGUCUACCCCAAGAUCCCUUGCCUUAGAUAAUGUAUGUAACAGAAAAAAAAUACAUAAUGUAAUAAUACCCAGCCCAGGGUUUAGCAGUGCAUUUGGAGAGAGUGUCCGGUGAUGCCAUCUCCCACAUGUUCCCAUGCUCCAAUU